AUGCCAUCCUAUCUAGCAGCGUACUUCGAGGACGAGGUCGAGCCGCAGGUUCAGAUGCCCAACUUCGCCUACGAACUCCAAGACUACACCAGCAGAGCUUCGAGCGUCAACAGUGCCUACCAAGGCAGCUCGCCACGCAAGUACAGCGUCGGGCGCCAGCUCCCUAGCGAGUCGAUGUUUCCGCCAUUCGACCACAUGAACCAGCCUCCUUUGGAGACGACUAUGCCGCAGCAGGAGUUCGAUGCCAGCAUGGCGAACCCUUUCUACGACUACAAUCCGCCAAGCAAAUUGGGAGAGCUCCAGGGUCAUGUCGACUCCAACAUCAGGAUCUGUGAAGUGGUCAACAGCCUCACUCUUCGCAUGAACAAGGCCGAGUCGGAGGUCUCAGAGUUGCGAGAGACUGUUGUCCAGCUUGGCGUGGCAGCAUUGUCAGCUCCACGCACCCCAAAGAAGCCCACUCCUGAACCGUCAAAGACCUUUGUAUUCAACAACACUGGUCUUCAGGAUGCACAGGUCUUCGAAACCAAGGUUGUCAGCGGCAACAAGGGUAGUGAGAAGAAGAAGACCACCAAGACUCAGGCCCGCAAAGACCUCCAGGUUAAGAUCCCUGGCAUCCCCACCAUCGCCCCGCUGCCCACUGGUCAGCCAGAUUCUGGCUACCUUACCGGCGGCAUGAUGUCUAUGUUCCCCAUUACACCAACGUCUGGCGGAGGCUUCCCAAGCUCACCUCUCACCCCCGGUCGCGUCGGCCCGCCUACUCCUAGCAAGCGCGGUAACAGCGGCAAUACGUCAAUCGCCAAGCGCAAGGCCCACGUCGCACGAGGAAACAUGGCGCCAGCGCUCGUCGUCGUUCCCCAAGUCCCUCUGACCGACACCGAGCUCAUCGUGUACUUCUUCCAGUCUCUCGGUCGUCCUACCGUCGCGCUCCGCCUCUACUCCCGCAAGUGGGGCCCCGCGCAGAUGGUUGAGACGCUGAACGCUCACCGCAACCUCGAGGGUGGUUACCUCCGCAACACCUGUUCGGUCAAGUGCAUUACCGCUAUCAACAAGGGCAAGGAGAAGUACGGCGUGAACUGGGCUGAUCAGUUCCGCGCUGGCAUCGAGAACGCUAACGACUUGAUCGCCACUGACCUGAUCCGUUAUCCUCACGAUGAACUGGAGGGUGUUCUGGACUACGACAUCCGCUUUCUCAAUAACGGACUCAAGAAGCACCCUGAGCAGGGCGUUGACGGCGGCAUCUUCACCCGAUGUGUCAAGUACUGCAUCAAGUACAACGCCUCGUACGCCCUAUCUAACGUCCAUGAACUCGCCUGGGCCCUACAGACCGGUCAGCUGAGUGAGGAGGAGAUACCCGAGGUACGCGAGGAAGUUGUCGCUGAGACCUAG